AUGGCUACUGGUCUGACACAGGUUCGCCCACCUGCUCUUACUUCCUCUUCAGACCCGCCUGCCAUCUUCGAUGGUACCCCCAAGUUGUACAUAGCCUAUGUUUGCCCAUAUGCGCAACGUGUUUGGAUCGCAAGCAACUUUAAGGGAUUGCAGGAUAAGAUAAAGUUGAUUCCUAUUGACCUUGGGAACAGGCCAGCCUGGUACAAGGAGAAAGUUUACCCUGCAAACAAGGUGCCUGCUCUGGAACAUAAUAAUGAAGUUAAAGGAGAGUCCUUGGAUCUGCUAAAAUAUCUGGAGGAGAAAUUUGAGGGUCCUUCACUUCUUCCUGAUGAUCCAGCUAAACGACAGUUUGCGGAGGAGCUGCUGGCUUACACUGAUACUUUCAACUGGUCUGUGAUUCAGUCUUUUAAAGGAGAUGAUACGAGUAAAAUUGAUGCGGCCUUUGAUUAUCUUGAGAAUGCCCUUGGGAAAUUUAGCGAUGGUCCAUUUCUCCUCGGUGAAAGUUUCAGUAUGGCGGAUAUAGCUUACAUCCCGUUCGUUGAGAGGUUUCAAGCCUUCUUAUCAGAAGUGAAGCAUUACGAUGUUACCAAAGGCAGGCCAAAAGUGGCAGCAUGGAUUGAGGCGGUUGACAAGGUUGAUGCCUAUAAAGGGACACAACCAGAUCUGAAGGAGGUCGUAGAACUCUACAAGAACCGUUUUAUGUGA